AUGAGCUCGAGGGUGAGAAAAACAGUUGCUGACAAUGGGGCAGUAAAACUGGUAAAUCAGCGACGUACUGCUGUACAUAGGGCAGCAAUGGAACUUGCAUUUGGAAUCAAGUUGCAGAAACAGGAACAAAGACAAAGCUCAUUAAACCUGGAGACAGACAAUGAUGCCAGCACCACGGGGAAACCAUGUAAAUGUGGAGAUUGUGGAAAGGCAUUCAAAUAUCCAUCCCUGCUGGAAAUUCAUCGGCGGAGUCACACUGGAGAGAAGCCGUUCACCUGCUCCCAGUGUGGGAAAGGAUUCACCCAGUCAACAACUCUGCUGAGACACCAGCGGUUUCACACAGGUGAGAGACCCUUCGUGUGUUGUGCCUGUGGGAAAGGAUUCACUCAGUCUUCUGAGCUACUGGUACACCAGCGGGUUCACACCGGGGAGAAGCCAUUCACCUGCUCCAGUUGUGGCAGGGGAUUUACUCAACUGUCCCAGCUACUGACCCAUCACCGCGUUCAUACCGGAGAGAGGCCGUUUGCCUGUUCUGUAUGUGAGAAAAGAUUCACUAAUUCAUCCAACCUUCUGACACACUGCCGAGUUCACACUGGGGAGAGGCCUUUCAUCUGCCCUGUGUGUCAGAAAGGGUUCACAACUUCAUCCAAUCUUCUGAUACACCAGCGGCUUCACACUGGGGAGCGGCCCUUCACCUGUUCGACCUGUGCAAGGAGAUUUAGUCAGCUUGCCCACCUGCUGACACAUCAGCAAAUUCACACAUGACUGCAGAGGUUGGGAAUCUACCAUCAUUCCUCCUGUCUUUCUCAUUGGGAUGGAUCAGGUACGUUGUGACAGUAACAGCUUCUUUCUGCUGAUGUUACUCGCCAUAUCACUGGAUCUGAAUUGAGUUGAAGAUUCUGGUUAUGCCACUCAUUGCUUUCUGAGAUUUGUGAUGCCCCUGCAAAAAUAGGAUAAUAUCCCCGAUUUCAGAAAGUCACAACAGAAAUGAGUUUGCAACGAAUAUUAGUAUUCUGCCUCAAACCUAAACUGGCCGCGGUAAAAAUUGAAAUUUCGAGUUCAAAUAGUUUCCCUAAAUUAUCAUCUCCAAUUGGAAGGUGCUGAUGAAUUCUUACUGACCUGCAGAUCCCACACAUUGCCUGGAAACAUGGGAAUGGGACCCAUGGAUUUCAUUGGAAAGGAGGGAUUCACUGACAGUGACUGUGGGGCUGGUUUAUAUCAGACAGGAGGGGAUUAGUGUCAGUGACUGUGGGGCUGGUUUAUAUCAGA